AUGGUUCACACGAAUGCCCGAGCAAAUUCAUCCUCUGUUGGGUAGUAAAACAUCCACAAUGACUCGCCUCGCAACAUCGAUUUGUUCCCACGCGUACACGAAUCGCUCUCAGACAUUAAUGGCAAUGAAGAGACCCAAAACAGAGCCGAAAUGGUUAAAAGGUAAACAGGAAGAAGCAAGAAACAGAGACCGCCAAAAAGACAUAAAGAAAGAAAAGAACAAGGAAAAUAAAAGAGUAGGAAGAAAACUGCUGCCUUUCAUCUCUCGUUGGUCUCCGCUGCUUCCGAGCUGUCGGAGAAGGCGAUGGUGGAGACGUUGGAAAUGGCGCCGGCGACGGCGGGGGAGGCGUGCUUCGCGGACGAGGUCCUCCUCCUUGAGUUACCCUCUGACCCUUACCAUCCGUCCGUCGCCGAGUUGAAGCAUCAGGCCCAAAUUUUGCAGGAGUUCUUUGAGCCAUCCGUCGAAGGGCUUCCAGGCUUGCCGACCGAGGGGAAAGGCGGAGGAGACGAGGAGGAAGAGGAGCUCGAGUGGCUCGCGAACAAGGACGCAUUUCCGGCGCUGGAGACGUCGUUCGAGAUGCCCUCCCGCCCGCGCACCGGCAGCGGAGGCAGCGAGGGCUGGGACGGCGCCACCGUAGGCGCGGUGGCAGAGCGCAAGAGUCCGGUCUCGGCCUUCUCCGCCGCGACUUCAUUCUCCGCGCCGGUUCGACCGAGGAGCAAAGGGCGGAGGCCGCGCCGGAGGGUGCUGACCGGCCUCUCGCCCGAACCUCCCACCGUGGCAGUGGCGGGGAAGUCGACGGCCGUGGAGAGGCGGCGGUGCCGCCACUGCGAGGCGGAGGAGACGCCGCAGUGGCGGGCGGGGCCGGAAGGGCCCAAGACGCUGUGCAACGCGUGCGGCGUGAGGUAUAAGUCCGGUCGCCUCGUGCCGGAGUACCGGCCAGCGAGCAGCCCCACGUUUUCCCCCGCCGAUCACUCCAACUUCCACCGGCAGAUCCUUGAAAUGCGUCGCCAGAGGUCUACCCGCCAGCGGAGAAGUGCCGGGGCGCCACCGCCGGCCCCCCUCGUUAAUUCUCCGGUGAUGUAACCCACCGCUCUCUAGAAAAGACUAAAUAGACAAUAAAUCUCUCUCUCUCUCUCUCUCUUAGAGAACUGUUUUUUCUUUUGCCUUUGAGGGAGGACUACAUAUUUUCCAUAUUUUAGCCAUAGAAAAUGUUAGCUUUACUUAAUUGGUACUCAUUUAUUUAUUUAUUUAGCGAGUUUUAAGGCUUAUUAUAAGUCACAAAAAUAAAAAAGAAAAUCCAAUUGGGUUUUUAUUUUUAGUUA